AUGAUGCAAUCACAGAGAUAUUGUGUAACAUUACUCUGAAUUAAAACAUGUUUGUCGUGAAACACAAAAAUGUUGGAUCAUAUAGUAAUAGUAGUAGUAUAAUAAAAUCUACAAUUACUUUUAAUUCAGAUUAUGUUGCAUACAGACAAAACAACACUAAUCCAUCAUGCUUGUUUAAAAGGAAUGAAACCUGUACUCUGAAUCUAAAUCAAUAUAUUUAUCCCAUAUUAUUUGGACUUUGUCAGAGCACCAUAAGUCUGUGAUUCACAUGGUUUUCAUCAAAGUGUAAUGGAGACGUGUUAGAGGCCAGGUCUUAUAUGACAAAACACUGAAUCCUUAACAAGACAAAGCAGUCUACAUUUUUAUGUGUCAUCAAAAAUGAACUCAACUAAAGCAGUCAAGAGGAUUAGAGGCUUGGGACUUCUAUGGGUUUAUUAGGGCUAUUGUCUCCAAUAAAUUUAAGUGAGAAAACAAGAAUUACCGCUCUGUGUUGUGGGCAACAAUGGAAGGAGAAUGUCAGAUAUGUAUGACAAAGGAAAUAGGUGUGUGUGAGAGAGAGAGGAGUAAAGUGGAAAGACCAGUUUCCCUCUGACAAAGAGAAGAGAGGGAGGUCCCACCUGUCUAUAACUGGCAGCAACUAUCAGCCCUGGCAGAGCAGGAUAAUUAAGAUAGAAAGAAGGGGAUCCUGUAGUUCAUGGAUUGGCUUUAUUCACCAAGCCAAUAGUGGUUUGAUUUACUCCAAACAAUUAAUCAAAACCACAGGGCGAGUUAACAGCAAACAAAGGCAGUCUAAAGAAGGAUGGAGAAUAGGUGAGAUGGGUGGGGCUAGGUUACUGCUGAGGGUGUGACUUGGACAAACACGGAGCCGCUGGGCACUGGAGAAAAAAAAACUCCAUAAGUACACAAACAACGACGGCGAAAGAGAAAGAUAACUUCACUCUGUGACCACAGGACUCAACCAGAGCAGCAGAAGGCUUUCAGUGAUAACCCCAACCUGUCGCGUGUGUGUGUGUAUAACACCCGCGCUGGCUAUGCCUCCUCCUGGGUAGGACCUCCAGAGAAGGACUGCAGCUACACCUCCAGCUCAAAGCACGGGGAUUAUUCACAAGGACUAGAAGAUUAGAGAGGUUAUUCAGCCUUCUUCCGACUGAGAGACAGGAUGUCCGACUCCCUCUGCCAGACAGGGGACACCCUCUGCUAUGUCCGUGUGUACGAGCAGGAGGUGAUUGUGGUGCCCGUGCUGCUGUUGGCAUCGUUUCUGGGCACGCUGAUUCUCAUACUUCUGCUGCGCUUCUGCCCAGAGAAAGUGGAUCGUCUGCGGGCCAAGACCGUCAUUAACGGCCAAAGCACCCAGCGAUCCAGGAGAAACCUGCAGGGCAUUGAUGCUCCUUUCAACGCAAUGGAGCACGAGAGCAUUGCUCUGGACCUGCCGUCCUACUCCACCUUCAACCCUCCGCCCUCCAGCAGCGGCGUCUCCAGCAUCUACUCCAGCGGCCGCGGCUCCUUCAGCGCGGACAACGACUCCUUCAAGACUCCUCCUUACGGGGGCGUCGUCCACUCGCCCAGCUCCGUCUCCGUCUCCAUCUCCACCGCGGCCAAGGAGCCACGCCAGCGGCUGCCCGAGAAGUUCAAGCUGGUCACUCCGCUGCCCUCCUCCUAUUCGCUCAAGUCCGACGGCUCGGUUUCGUUGUACCGGGCCCGGAUGGACAACAGAAACGCGGUGCUCAGAGUGCUAAAAGACUCGGCCAGUGCCAGUGAGCGUCAGUCAUUCCUCGGCUUCGCCUCCUUCCUGUCGCAGCUGGGGCCCCACCCCUUCCUGCCGGAGCUGCUGGGCGUGGUGUCUCUGCGCGCACCACUUAUCACGGUCAUUGAGGAGAUGGAGAACAAAGAUAUGUUAGGCUUCCUCUGGAAGUGCAGGCAGGAUAAUGUGGGCCUGGAUGCUAUUUGUGAGAUGACAGAGAAGCGCAUCUUUACCAUGGCUACCCAAGUAGCUUCUGCCCUGGAGUAUCUCCACAGCAAAGAUCUUAUACAUGGCAACGUCAAAGCUCGCAGUGUACUGGUCAGUCAUCAGUUCACAGCCAAACUGUGGGGGCUCGGCGGUGUCUACGCCAGGGGGGCGGGAACAGCCAAUGUGCAUGAAGACUCCGGCAAGAAGAAGUGGCAUGCACCAGAGCUAUUGGCCAGAAGGCCCAUCAGUCAAAAAAGUGACGUUUGGUCUUUCGGGCUCAUGCUCUAUGAGAUGGCGUCACUAGGGGAAGCUCCCUUCGCCGAGGUGCCUGUGACUGAACUACUGCAGUAUCACCAGCGAGGAAAAACUAUCAAGAAGCCGCCCAACUGCUCAAAUGCACUUUACUCCGUCAUCAAAGCCUGCUGCCAGUGGAAGGAGCAGGAUCGCGUCACAUUGGCCGAAGUGAGCCGCAAGCUCCAAUCCGGAGAGAAGAGUGCCAACGACAAGACAGUCCUCCGAGUGCCUGAACCAAUCAACAUCGAGCGUUACCUCCAAGAGGCUGGAUAUGGAGACUCUAAUAGCUACACAGUCUUCUGAGGAGACUGAUGAAGGAUCCUUGUACUGCUGAUCUUGGAGCGUCUCCAUUUCUUUCUGCUUAUAUAUGUGUAUAUAUAUAUAUAUAUAUAUAUAUAUAUAUUCUCACAUUCAGGAAAGGGAAUCACAUAUCCUUUUUUUAUAAUGAAGGAACUUUAGUUGUAACUUGCUACUUGCUUUUUAAUCAGUUGUGUUGUGGGCCCCUAUAGUUGCAUAAGCUUUCCUGAGCUAAAUCACAGAUCAAUCAGUCCAUCUCCUGGAGUAAUCCUAAACUAGAAUUCUUUCCUCCUGACUUUCUUUGCCUGUCAUCUAUUCUGUCAGUAUAGAUACUAAUCUAUCAACAGUGUGCUGAGAACUACCGUAUUUAAAUGAACCAUGCCAAUGAAUUUGCCCUCAGUGGGUACCCAUAGUUUACACAAAGGAGUAUGUUCCCCAGAGUACUCAACUGAGGCUGAAAGAGGGUAGGGUAGCUCACCCCUUCAGCUCGAGGGGCAAUUACACAGACUCUCAGCUCGAAGGGCAAUUACACAGACUCGUGUUGUACUGGGGACCUGGAGGCAUGGUCUGAGAUCAAAAAUGACCGAAACAGUGGGAACACUUAAUUGCAGUAGAUUUGAACAUAGAAAAGCACUACAAUAGCUGUGAUACUGUAAAUAAAAGGUUAAUGUAUCUUGUUUAACAAGUCGUUUUAAGAGAUUAAUAAUAUGUACAGACAAAAAUCGAUGUAAUUUAUAAUUUGAGAGAUGUCGCAUCUUCUUAGUAAAUGAGAUUAAAAAAGGGGACCAGCUCCUUUUACAAAACGUAAACUGCACUGUGACCAUCACAUUCGUUCUGGUUUUGUAGAUUGGCGUUUACAAAGGGCGCCAGGGCUUUAACACAGAGCUAGGUGUGGUUGGCCAGAUAAAGGAUGAGAGACAUUAACAUGAAGUGUCUAAAAUGUGUGUGGUCCUCUUAUGACCUCCUGUGUAUCGCUGUGUCACCCAACCCACAACGUGAUGAACUUGUGUGUUUUUUUUGACAAUCUUCAAUAAAGCCUUUACACUA